AUGUGGGUUACUAGAUUGAAAUGGCACGUAUACAAAACUAUAGACCAGCAUCAAUAUGGCUUUAUGCCACAAAAAAGCACAGAGGACUCCCUCUACGAUCUAGUAAAAAUGCUGAAACAACAUAUAAUAGGAAAGCGAAUAGCUAUACUGAUCUCACUGGACGUAGAGGGAGCCUUUGACAACGCUUGGUGGCCAAAAAUGAAGGCUGAGAUAGCAGCAAGAAAGUGCCCUGGCAACCUACAACGGGUUUUGAGCUCUUAUUUGGAAGGUAGGAGUAUAAAAAUUAAUUAUGCCGGUGAAGUAUUGGAGAAAAAUCAAACACGCGGAUGUGUGCAAGGCUCUAUUGCCGGACCGACUUUAUGGAACGUUAUACUUGACCCACUCAUUAGACACUUCACACAAUCAAACGACGUUCACUGCCAAGCUUUCGCCGAUGACGUAGUUCUCGUGAUAGCCGGCGAAAAAUUGACAGAACUAACUCAAAUAACUGACAAAGCGCUAGACUGGGUCCACAAGUGGGGUCUAGAAAACAAGCUGAACUUCUCGCCGGCAAAAACGAACGCUAUGAUUCUGACGCGAAAGCAUAUCGACAGAAAAGGCAUCCAACUUAAAAUGAACGGCAUCGUGAUCCCGAUAGUUAAAGACUUCAAACUGCUUGGUAUACAACUCGACGACGGGCUGACAUUCAACAAUCACGUGACCCUUAUGUGCAAAAAGCUGCUGCCAGACAGAGAAUACGAGGCUCGGGUGCCAUAUACAAAUACUCCUCAUCCUGUGGACCUGGCCCCGCUUACCUUUGAAAAGGUCGAAGACCUGUCAGAGGAAACCGUGGCCAAGUACCAAAUUGAAGGGCUUCGUAUUUUCACAGACGGCAGUAAAAUAGAAGGAAAGGUGACAUCCAGUAUGACACACGAGCUGCAGUCAACGGACUGCUCCACCCAGCCAAAAGACCACACAUUGAUAUCAGCAGAAGUAAACAAUGCAGAAGAAGUAGAACCAUACUACACUACAGAAAUGAACAGGAUAUAUACAGACGGAAGCAAACACGACGAUGUUGAGAUCAAGAAAGAAGAACCUCAGGAUUCAAGCAAUAAGAUUUCAAGAAAAGCACAUUCCUGCACAAGUGAACCAACGCACCAACGUAGUCAGAAAUAUACAGAAGUCGGAACAUCUAAAGAAACAGAAACAAGAAAACAGACGAAAAUGGCAGCAAUUACGAUCACCGUGCACAACGUCAACAUUCGUUUGGAGGGUUUAACUCCCAGGUCUCACCUUCACAAUCGAAGGGGACCAAGGAACGGUUCGAGUGCAAACCGAACCAGCGAGCCCGCCAUCACCAAACCAGCAGCCCACGCCGCCGGCGAGCGAACCGACAACAGUGGGGGUUGUCCAGCCCCAAUCAAGAACAUCACCGCCACCAGAGUCCAGUAG